GUUGUUUUACUUUUGACUAUUACACCUUGUUUCAUGGGUUAAUGAAAACCACACUACUUCAGCAUGUUAGAAGAUUUAUCCCGAUUUUUUCCCCGGGCAACCUUAGAUCAAAAGUUGUAAGAAUUUGACUCUUCGCACGUUAAGUGCGACAUGCAUAGGCAUAUAUCCAAUAUAUGAUACUCUCAUGCAGGAAACAGACGAGAUCAAAAUAACAUGUUUAAAGAUAUGACAAAACAAAUCGCGGAAGGUUAAAAUAAGGAUAUAAGAUUAACGCAGUCAAUCGUGCAUUCAUACACAUUCAGACGAUCGAAGUGAAGCUACAACAGCAACUUUAGUCCAGCAUGGAUUUGAAACGGGCUGUACUUAUCUAUGCAGUGGUUUUGGUAGCAUUUCUUAUUGCAAACUCUGGCUUGAGUAUUGCUAGUGGACUAUCCUCUAGUGGGGACAAUGUGUGCUCCACAAGCACUUAUGUUACAGUUUAUACAACAUACAUAAGUCAUCGAUGGGGUUACCGUGACUACUACUCCAAAUGUGGUCUAUUUGGAUGGAGUAGAUGUAAACGAACAAGAUCUUAUCGAAUUUACUAUUAUGGAAGAAGGACUACCAUCCAACUCCAGACACGCUAUUACUGUUGCUCAGGAUGGCAAAAGUCUUGGUCAGGAAGCAGUCACUGCAGUAGUGCGAUUUGUCACCAAUCGUGUUACCAUGGCUACUGUUCUCGUCCAAACACUUGCUCCUGUAACAGUGGAUGGAGAGGAUAUUAUUGUAAUACAGAUAUCAAUGAAUGUAGUUCCUAUAAUCGUGGUGGUUGUCAGCAGCUUUGCACAAAUACUGCGGGCUCAUACAGAUGUGGAUGUAAUUCAGGAUACACUAAAACUGGCAAAAGAUGCAUAGAUUACAAUGAGUGUAAUACGUCACCGUGUAAAUGUGCUUCGCUCAUUAAUUCCUGUGGAGCUACCUGUACCAACACUCCUGGCAGCUACGAAUGUCGUUGUGGGAAAGGGUUUGAGCUUCAAGGAAAGAAUUUAUGCAAAGAUGUAGAUGAGUGUUCGUCUGGAAGUCAUGGAUGUGCUCAUACAUGCAUCAACAGCAUUGGUACCUACUCCUGUGUGUGCCGUCCAGGAUUUCUCACUAGUCAGAAUGGCAAAGUUUGCACAGAUAUUGACGAAUGCCAAACCGCAAAUGGACAAUGUGAACAUACUUGUAAAAACACCCCUGGUUCGCGACAAUGUCUUUGCAACAAGGGAUAUCGAUUGACAUCUAAUAAUAAAACCUGCGAAGAUAUCGACGAGUGUUCUGAAAACAAMCCAUGUGACCAUCGAUGUAAAAAUACGGCUGGCAGCUUUGUGUGUUCUUGUAAGGAUGGCUAUAAGCUGAACCACGAUAAUGUAUCCUGCUCAGACGUCAACGAGUGUGAUUCGUCUCUACACCACUGUGAACAGAUCUGCUCAAAUACUGAAGGCARUUAUACUUGUGGAUGUCGACCAGGCUACAAACUAAACAGCGAUGGACGAACCUGUCAAGAUAUCAACGAGUGUACUCUCGGGACUCACCAGUGCAGCCAUUUGUGCAUCAAUAGCUUGGGCAGUUAUCAGUGUCGUUGUACUCAAGGAUACGAACUUAACAAGGAUGGAAAAUCUUGUAAAGCUCUUCCUUGCACAACACUGUACCCGCCAUCYCAUGGCGAGAUGUCGUGCACUGACAUGGUAACCAAURGCAACUGCUCRUUUUCAUGURACMAUGGUUACAACAUACAAGGUCCAUCUAAAUUGACAUGUAUGACUACGUCAAAAUGGAGCGAUUCUCAGCCAUCAUGCAAAGCCAAAGAAUGUGGGCCACUAAAACCAACAAGUCACAUGAUCUUGUCGCUGCCAUGUUAUAGAUCCUAUGGGUCUGCCUGUGAUCUUCGCUGUUCGUUUGGAUUCUAUUCUACUGGAAACAGUAAAGUGACUUGUGAUCUGACUCGGGAUAAACACGGUGUGAAGUGGAUGAACGACUUCCAGUGUCAUCCUGUCGAAUUGUGCAAACCCAACCCAUGCCAGCAUGAUGGUACCUGUGUCAUCGAGUCCUCUAAGUCCUUCAAAUGUAACUGCUCUGAUACUGGAUAUAGAGGACGCCUUUGCCAGGAAGGUGUUGUUCAAGUGCCAARUUUUCCAAAGCUCAAAGCUAACCGUGAGUCUGGAUCCUUAACCGUUCAUGCAAGACCUUACAAUGAGCUUGAAAUAAGAGUUCAAUCAGAUGACUAUAUUGUCCCUAAACCAAGAACGCUUAAAGUCCUACAUUCCAAACCCAAAACCAGUUUUACGCUGACAUCUAAGAAUCCAGGACUUGACAUUAUAGCCUACACCAUUCAAGGAAAAAGUGCCAAAGACUUCAAGAAUCCACCAGUGGAUGUUCUGCUGACUGUCUCUGAAUCAGUCACCAAAAAUAGCAUCUUUACCAGCCAACCCAUCCUUCCUGGAGAGCUUCCACUGGGUUGUUACGAGGUUAAGACGAGCAGAUUCAGUUGUAAAGCAAAGAUAUUUUCGACGUUGCCUUGGGAUCGGAGAACAGCAAGUAAACAAGCAUCAACGAAAGGAAUUGUUCAUUUGAUGACUGCAAAGGGCAAACGAAUUCCUUUAUCGUUGCUUGGUGCGUCAACUUCUCUCUCAUACAAAAAAAUACUGAAAAACGUCAAAACUAUUAACCAAUACAGCAAAUAYGCCAGGGUUACAACAGAAGGAAAGCAACAGUGUAGAAACWCAAGACUGGAACUGCCUCAACUCUUGGAGCUAGCUGAAAACGAUAACUUUGCACGUGCUUUCGCUGAAUCAUUCACGAGUUCCWUACCAAAUUGGAUUCAACUUUACAGAAAAGAUAGAUCGAAGACUUUUGACYUAAACGACGUKUAUGCUGGAGUAAAAUCAGAAAAUUCCUCCUGUCCAAAUAUCCUCGAAUCAUCUAAUCUUGUARCCUUUGCUCCUAACCUCGGCAUAACUGUUUCAUUUGAUCAUGAUGUCACACUAACWGAUGCCAAAGGGUUGUGUUUUGAGAUUGAUGUCUGCUCCUCAGAUGUGGGGUUCGGUUUCCCACGAACUGAAGUUAAAAGACUGACGACGGCUUCAAAGAUUUUCCGAGAUAUGAAAAUGGCUGGAUGGACGAUCGAACCAAAGGGAUUCGUGUUUUCUGGAAAUGGUGCCAGAAGAAAUGUUGCUGUGAAUUCUCGCAUCUGGCAUGGAAAAAACGUAUUUUACCAUAAGGUGCACAAGUACAAUCUUGCCAUUGAUGGAACAAUGAAGUGCCAGCUUCAAAACAAUGGUAUAAAAGUGUUUCUAAAUUACGAAGGGAAUGCUUAUCUAAAUACAGAAAACAUCUCUAUGAUUGACCAUCUUGGAUUCUUCCAAARAACAACAACUGUAUUCAAAGGGAAAGCAGCCGUAGUAUUGAAAACGUUAAUUUCCAACAAGAACGCGUCUAUACGAAUACCCAUGGAAAACGUAAUAGGAAUAUCCAGUCUUGGUGGAAAUGCAGAUGACCAAGGUUUGUACCUGAAGUACAAAGGCACACACAAUGCUCUCGAAGGAACACCAUUUGCAGAGAUAUUGAGACAAGAUACGCUCCAGCCCUUGUUUAUUGCUAUUCAACAUAAAAUACGUGGUGGAAAGCACACUGAUAUUACCAAUCUAAGCGAGUUUAACAUGAAAAUGACUUUAUUAAGUUUACUUCUACCUCAACUAAGAAACAUCCUUAGCAAUCCACAAGUACCUCUCCUUAUGCAGAAAGAAAGUUUGCAAAGGUGGACAAAUCACAUCAACGAGGCAGAGACCAUAAUCAAAGACAUUCGCUYAAUAAUCCARACCGGUACAUCAGAAGUGUCCARMAUAGAUCUGUUUUCUAGGCUAACUUUAAGACURAAASAUAUGGUACAAAAUUUCSAACAACUUUGUAUWAUAGUGGAUUCAGCAGUCARUGCAAACCCAGCAAUUACUGGAACAGCAAUUAUUGCCAUUCAGCUGAARCAAUUAAGACUUAAUCUUCCMCAAUUWCCAGAUGUCCAGUACAAGCGGUCUAAUGUUCRCCAACAUUUGGAUGGUUUUACACUAAGGUUUCAAGGAAAMGUUUGUCCRGCAAAAGUGUGCUUUCCUAGUAUGUUAAUAGCCUUGAUUAGCCGGUCGAAUCACUUCAACUCAAAUCGUGGUGCASWAGUUWUUUGUGAAACUCUCRGUGAAGAUUUGCAACUUAGCAAAAUACUGAAGCUKRCACAGAAAAGCCAAAUGAAAUUAUAUUUUUCAAGUGASGAUAGCAAAACMUUUAUUAGUUUUAAUCCCAAAAUUAGUAUGAUGGGAAUAAAARWGACAGUCUUGGCAACAAUCCUUAAUCAAARACUCAACUUCCAAGCUUCAGGAUUACUUUUUGGAAAAUAUGAGGCUUUGCUCAAUGUWACUGGYAAMWUAGAWGUUUCUGACUGGUCGCAUGUAAAAUACCAUGUGCGAGGAUCCAUGACAAAGCAMACUCGUUUUCCUWAUCAGUUUCAGARGCAAAUAAAUACCUUCAUUGGUGAAAUUGCAAGUAAGGCAUUAGCAAGAGUGAAAAACGCUCAAAAUGUCGCAAGRGAGAAAGACAAUGAGCUGCGCCUUUUCAAGAAAGAUGUUAUGUUGGAAGUUUUCAGCRCGUACAAAAAAUGUGAAAAACUWCGAAAGAGGUACGAUUUUGCACUAAAACAAGCAAAGAGAGACUAUUAUUACUUCAAGAACACYCAGYUAAGUAAUAUUAAUCAGCCUAGUCAAAGGACUUGCAGACCGAAGCCUUGUCCAAAAGUCUGCUCCAAAACCAAAAAGUGUAUCUUCCAAAGCAAAAGACUUGUGAUCGAUGAUACAAAAUAUGUCUGCAARRAUGUCAAWACGUAUGUAGAAAGAAUUGUUGUGAAAAARAGAACAAAGACUGAAUACYAUUGGGUAAAAACCUGGCAACAUAUCUACACUGGAAAUUGCGACAUCAAGUUACCUAUCCCACCAUUUGUAAUAGUUGAAUUGGUUUUUAAGGCGGUAUUCGGAUGUGAUCACACCUGGGAAACUAAACGAGGYCCAGAUAAAAAAGUUUCGUACACCAAGGUCUGGCUUGAAGAAGUACCUGAAAGAAUUCCCAUUACCAAAGGCGUAUGCACAGCGGUAAUCGAACGAAGAGAAACAAACAGUUUCGAGUCUCCACAACUAACGUGCUCUGAUAGUUCUUGCGGUAUUAAGGUUAUGGAUCCCAAMUGUUUGAUGGAAAAUAGUCGAUGCAUGAAAAGAAAUAAMAUACUUUUGAAAAAUGUUCAAAARCUGUCCGAGUUUGACAAAGAAGURGURAAUACRUUUACUAACCUUAGUCGACUUUCAAACAAGAUGGAGACAGCAAGGGCAAAGCUGCAAAAGGCAAACAACAAUCUGCAAAAUGCGGUAGAAGAACUGAAAGUUGCAAAAGCAGAGUUAACACAAUUAGAAUACGCUAAGAACAGGACAGAAAGGGCGAUCAACUUGGUCAAGAAAUCACAAACUACGAGGCUUGGCUUGAAGCUAUCAGAACUGCUUUCCAAGACACCUAACCAAAAUCUUGUAACUGUCUCAAAUUUUGUCUUUGAUGUCUUGAUAUCCGAACAAACUAAUUUCGAAAGAGUAUUACUUCGCUUCACAAUAUCUUUGGCYGACGGGCAAACUAAAGAUCUGUCUUAUAAUUUUGACUUUGGUAACAYUAUCACAUCAAGUCACAAAAUGAUGAAAUUUGUUGUAAAAACRYUGUUCCAGGAAAACACCAAWACAAGAAGAACACGAAGAUCMAUUCUUGAAAGCAUUCAUGAAAAUGAAGAGCAAUUGAAUAAAACAGAASGUGAGAMCACUUUGCAAAAYCAGGAGAAAUGUUUGUUGGUGAAAAAGGUCAGUCAGUUUCACAGAGACAUUGUCAAAUCGCUUGARGCGUUGAUUUAUUCUCGUGAAAAUCGCAUUGAGCGCAAUGACACCUCACUUAUGGAUUUGUUGGAAAAGUUUGAAAACGURUCAAAUACCAUGAGUUCCAACGAUGAUUCAACAGUAGAGCUGUUGAACUCAUAUAAAAAUCUGCUAAGAUCCGAUGUGGACGCCGACGACAAUAAACCUUUAUUGUCAUGGAACCARAGUCUAAUACACUGGAGAGCAUUCYUUGAGGUAUUAACCAAAGAGUCGUCCUUUGAAGACUGCGCAAGUUUACAAGAUUGUGUCAUYACUUUGGGAARUGAAUUAMACGAGUUGUACCUGUAUGARAGCGAUUUYCCACGUGCAAAUGACAUCAGAGAAUCKUUAUCAAAUAUUACAGAMAAGCUGACUGAYUUGAUAGCCACAAAUUUAACAGUUGGAGAAUGUAAAUUACGGAUAUCUGAACUUAAAAACUUAUUCAAUCAAACGGUUGAUACUAAUGUGCUUUGUGGAGUAAAACCAGAAAUCUUAUCUACUCCAGAGGAACAUCAGGUGAUACUUGAGAAUGACACUAUUGUACUUGAAUGUGCUGCAGAAAGUGACACGCCGGUCACUUACGAAUGGGUCCACAAAAAUAAAACAAUCCAUAAAUCAUCCAAUGGCAGUUUGACCAUAAGAAACGCAAGUCUGAAUCACGGAGGUGCAUACCAAUGUAAAGCAAGCAAUCGUAAAGGCUACGUGACAUCUAACGUGACCACAAUCAUCAUCAAUAGCCAACCAAAGAUAACGCAACACCCUAACGACACCAAGGCGUACAUCAGCAAGGGGAAUGCUCUUCUGUUAAGAUGUAACGUAACUGGAAUUCCAUUCCCAAAGAUUGACUGGUUCUUUAUUUCAAUUCGUCCAAACAGUGGAAAAAUUGCACUACCUCACAACAAUGGCACCUUUCUUUACAAUCAAAAUCUGACUGAGGAUGACUCAGGYUACUACUUCUGUGUUGCCUCCAAUAARCAUGGCCAAGCAGAAAGCAAAAUAGCCAAGGUUUGGGUGCUUAAAAUGACACCCGGUGAACCUAGAUUUGGUGUUAAAGUUAGCUUCUCGAUCUCUCAAAAGUGUCGAGGAAGGAAAAGAUGUCCRUCUUAUCGUCAAAACGACAUGAAAGAUUUGCUCAGCUUAUCAAUGAAUUCAUCUCAAUCACAAAUCGCCGACAUGAGGCGCACUUAUAACCAAGGAGUUACUACUGUCAGAUUUGUAUACAAAAGUAGCAGACCAGACGAAAACGAUAAGGAUAGACCUUAUUCUGAAGAUUCCAUUUUAGAGUCGUUCGCCAGGAAAAGAGCCCAUCUUGCUGAAGGAGUAAAAAUAUUGUACCAUAGAAUUGAGAAUGAUUCCCUUGUAUCAAGAGAUGAUGUCGAGGUGAAAGGAGAUCUUGAUAGUUUGACUGUUUGGGGUGUUCCACUGGGAUGUCUACGUGGAGAGGAACCUCAUUCAAAUGCAUAUAUGUGUGUACAUUGCCCUCCUGGAACGUACGGCAAGGUUGACGGCCAAUGUGAACCAUGUCCUAUCAGUACUUAUCAAUAUAAACCUGGACAAGCCAAGUGCUCUUCAUGUGACUAUGGUUACACGACAAGACAGGUUGGCUCAUUGAGCCCAGAGGACUGCAUUGACAAGCGUCCUUCUCCACCGAUAAAUUUACGUGUUAUUCCAGUUGGAUCUAGGCAAUUGGAAGUACAGUGGGACAAACCAGCGGAGAAUAGCAAAUCCAUCUCACAUUACAUCGUUAAGUACGGUCUUCCGAAUCGUACUCCAUGGGAACUAGUUGUCCAAACGUCAACAACACCGUGGAUAUUGKCAGGCCUGAGGAAGUUUACAGACUAUCUUGUACAGGUUUAUGCAGUCAAUUCAUAUGGAAAGAAAAAAUCGCAGGUCACCGUAAAAACAGGCGAAGAUAUACCUGAUGCUGGUCCUGUCAUUACCAAUGCCGUUCCAGUCAGUCACAAUAGUAUACAAGUCUCUUGGAGACCAAUACCUAAGCGUCAGCGCAAUGGUAUCAUCAAAGGCUAUCGAAUAUACUUCUCUUUAAGUUCUGGUGGUGAAUGGAAAUCGUACUCAACACCAACUGGAAAUAUUACCACGUGUGUUGUUCCUGGUCUUCAGCCAUAUACCUGGUAUUGUGUAAAAAUGACUGGUUUUACCAGUAAAGGAGAAUAUCCAGGCUGGAGGAAAACGCACUGCAAAACACUAAAAACACCUUCACCUCCUAUUGAAGUGUCUGGCGAGGCUAUAAGCGACUCUAUAAUUCGCCUUAAGUUUAGCACARCAAGUGGGAUUUCUUUGUCUAACAUAGUGCAUUAUGGGGAAAAACCUGGUGACCUCUACAUGGCUAAAACAUGCCCUAUUUCUGCAUGCAUCCUCAACAAUCUCAAAGCUGAUACGUUAUACUACUUCAAAGUUCUCGGGGUGCAUAAACAGAUCGGGGAAUCGGCCAGCUUGAUCCAAGUGCGGACGAAGAAGAAAGCUCCCUGAAAUACGUUUCUGGUACAAGACAACAUCUGAUUGAUGCAUGACAGCACCGUAUCUCUAACUUAGUUUAAGCCUAAUUUUCACGGCUAGCAACAAUUUGUCGCAUGAUAUAAGCUUCGAUUUUUGUAGCGUUUUUGUCAUUUUUUUGGCAAAAUAAUAUUGUAGUAAAGAAUACUAAUCUUAUAUAACAUCUUGAAGAAUUUAUUAAUAUCAAAUAGGAAUGAAUAUUCUUAUGAUUAAUCCGUAAAUUUGCAUUUUGUCAGUGCCAAUGAGACGAAUACAGAAAUCCGGAGGUGCACAUCGAGCAGGGCGUCGUGUAAACGUAUGUUUUAAAAGAGGGGGGAAGACCUUCAAGCCAAUCAGUGAAGGAGAGGGGGAGUUACAUCUAACUUUAAUUUGAAACUGAU